GUUUGCUGCAACCCGCGUAAAUAAGUUCGUGAUUACUUGUACUUUCAUAAAUAACGCUGCGGUAUAAAACCACAAUUUUUACAGCGCAAACAUCAGUCCCGCUGGGUACAGUGUAGAUCAUAACUGUUUCAACCUUCUUGCAAAAUGGCUUUCGUACUUAAGACUUUCGCACUGCUGGCCCUGACAGCGCCCGCUUUCACAGUCCACGCUCCGGGCGGGUAUUCAUACAACCGUUUCAGCGGACCAGUCAGUGGGAAAAUCUACGAAGUUCAGGUCCCUGCUUCGGAGGGCGCCCAGCAACAUGCAGAUUACGGAUACAACCAUCAACAGAGACAAAUUGAUCCAGAAACAGCCAAAUACGAACGCUUGAAGACGGUUGACUAUAAAGCUAACCCCGACUAUCACUACGCGUAUGGAGUUCAAGACCCCCACACUGGCAACCAACAGGACCACAAGGAGACCCGGGAAGGAGACGUCGUACGCGGCGAAUAUUCACUCGUAGAACCCGACGGUUCCAUCCGUCUCGUGAGAUACACUGCCGAUGAUAAAAACGGUUUCCAGGCUACAGUGCACAAGCAGCCAGGAGGUAAACCAAAUGCGCCGGUGCGCUAUACACAAGCUAAUCAACAACAAGAAGACUCUGGAGAAUACUAGUCCUAGUCUAGUUACCUGUGAAGAAAAUACUAAGACCUGAAUUCCUCUUACGGUAACGUCGGUCGCGCUUGGUCUUUAUAAUAAUUACAUUACACUAGACUGUGACGCUGAAAACGAUAGCUUAUUACGUUUAUCAAUCCUAAAAUAUAUAUUCUUGGUGUAUAUUCGAAAACAUGUAUCCAUCUAUCCACCACGAAUAGCGACCUUGUAUAUAAUUUUUUGUCCGGGAUGGAUAGAUGGUUUUCCGGUAUACACCCUAGGGUAGAUGUUUUAGGGUAAGUAAACAGAGUAAAUCAAACGCUAAAAGCAACGCAGUACAAAAUACUUAGUAGGUAAGCGCGACCGAUAUCACAGAUUCAGA